GCCGACGAGGUGUUCUCCAUUCUGCAGGAGCCAGAUGGUGCCCGACGGGACCUGCACGUCGUCUGCAGUUUCUUCGAAAUCUACAAUACGUGAAUCCACGACCUGCUUGAGCUCGGCAAGAAGCAGCAGCUCGCAAGGAAGAUUGCCAUUAGCUGGUCCAGGUGAAGGACCGAGGACGCGCCCGCGCCCUGGGCAAGAGUUCAAGAGCAACGCCAAGUCCUCCAGCUCGCAUGCCAUCUUCCAGAUUGUCCUGCUCAGCGGCAACUCCAACCAAGCCGCUGGCAAAUUCUCGCUGAUUGAUCUGCCCGGCAGCGAGCGGGCGUCGAAUAACUUCAGUACGGACAGCCAGGCGUGCCAGGAGGCCGCGGAGCUCAUCAAGUUCCUGCUGGUCCUCAAGGAGUGCAUCCGUGCGCUGGAACGUAAGGAGGUUCAUUGGAAAAUAAAUUAAAGGCCUGCAUG